AUGGCUACGAUUCCCGCUACAUCUGUCACCUCGAGUAACCUUAGUACUAUCUCUUCACAACCUGAACCUCGACGAUCUACCACUGCCAUCACUGACUCCUGUGUACAAUCUCAGUUCAACGAUACAAACGUCAUACAGCCUCCCUUCUCUCCUUCUCAGAAACCGACAUUCUUGAACUUUCGUGGGCUGAAGAAGACCAUCUCUCGCAUUACGUUGAAAGCUAGUGGCACAUAUGAGACUAAAGGUGGCUUGGAGGGCUCGGAGGAACGCGUUGGCACCCAACCGUUGUCUUUGGUCUUGAAGAAGAAGCUAUCGGUUCUGGGACGACUUAACGAUGUGCGAAAGGAGCGGGCUGGAACUGGCAGUCGUGCCCCGCGGAGUAGAUACGGUACCGAGCCGCUCGAAGUCAAGAGGAAGCUCUCUCUGAGCUCGUUAUCGCUCUUCAGAACAACUCUUGCAAAGAAGAACCGAGCGGAUACCACCCAGACACAAACUCAUCCUUCUCUACUUCGCACACGGUCUUUGUUUGGCUUGCGUUCGAGGAAAUUUUCGAUGUCUUCGACGUCUGUCGUCGGAACUAUUACUGAGUCCACCGACCGAUCUACACUCGUAUCCUCCACUACUACCCCUUCUUUCCUCUGGAACGUGUUCGAGAGUGCUGAAGCUGAAGCUCGAUGGACUCGGCUUUUGGCGGUUCUCGAGCUAGAUACCUCGGAUUGUGAGCUUGAGGAAGACCGUAAACGUCGAAUUCGCUGUUCCCGCUCCUUCUCCGACUUUCAAAACCGUGGUAGCGGUUUUUCGUGGGACAAGACCACGGUUACCUAUCCAUGCCAAUACGAGCUUGAGUUUGAUGAUAGCAGUGAAGCGGAGAGUUGUUAUUCGGAUGACAUGGAGCUUGAUGACCUCUGGUCGGUUGAAUAUGUGGAGAAUUCAGUUUGGCAUCUGGAGAGCGGGUACGAAUCGGAUUUGAGUGGUGAGGAAGUUGACGGGAUUGUAUUUUGA